AGGAGGUUCAGUGACUCGCUCAGGGUCUCUCACACACACACAGUGAGUCAGUGGCUAAGCCAGGAUUUGUUAUCAAGCCCCCAUUCAUCAUGAUCAUUUCUGGUGGGCUCCCUUCCAUUCGCCAUCAGCACGAGGAGAGCACCGGUACUUGUUCAGAGCCAGUAAACCAAAAUCUGCAGUGACGUCUACACAGCUGAAAAACAUUCCUUUUUUUUAACGAACUCCGUUUCACCACCCACCAGAUACAAUACAAGCUUCCAACUUCCUGAAACGCCUCACUCCACUUCUCCAGAAGCAAGAAAAAGCACAGAAGAGGAGACGUUUUGACUUCACACCCCUUCUCUGGAAAGUGUCCCUCCUGCAAUCGCAACGUUCGUUAUGUCUGAUGUGAAGAUAUCCCUGGACCCUCUCCCCUGUGGAUUUUCCCCUUUUGGGAAGAGCUCCCCGGACCCCCUCAUCAUCCCCCAGCCGGACCCCCAGGAAGGGGUGGGAGAGGCAGAGAGGGGCAGGGAGAGAGUGGGGCAGCUUUACAAACUCCUAAAAAACUCUCUGCGUGAGGCGGGACUUCCUGAAACACAAGAUCGGACCAGAGAGCCAGCGAGAGUCACCUCCAAUUCAGACAUCACCAUCUGUGUGCUGGGAUCCCCCCUGCCAUACCUCUCCCUGCUGCUAGAGGGAGGCAGAGAGGCCCCAGGUGACGUGCUCCUCUGCCUGUCUCCCUCCUGGCUUUCCCGCUCCCCCUCCCCUCUGCACCCGGGUUUCUCCACCCUGUUCCUCCACCGGGGCAUCUCCUUCGAGCUGGGGGGCCGCACCUUCCUCGAGGACUUCUGCCCCCCCCGCCGCGUCACCUACCUGCUUCCUGUGGGCGGAGAGGAGGGGCAGGAUGUGACCCGGGAGGCAGACUGUCCCAUGGGCAGCUCCCCGAGGCUGGCGGAGCUGCUGGGAGACACGCUCCUGACUCGGGUUCUGCUGGAAAGGAACCGGGUCCGCUGCCCCCCCACCCUGGGGCUGGUGUACCGCCCCCCCCGCUCGUACCAGACCGAGGGCACCAGCGUCACCGCGGUCAGUCUGACGGAGAGGGAGGGGCAGGGGGAGCUGGUGCAGAGAGAGGUGCUCAAGUUUUUGGAGUCUCUGGCUAUGGAGCCGUACAGCAAGGUGGUGCUAAAGCCCAGCGGGGGGCGCUGGAUCAGGUCCCAGCGUCCGGUGCGGUUCCUGGAGAAGCGGGACUGCGAGGCGGUCCGGAGGGAGGUGUGCUCGCUGCUGCCCCUGCUGGAGGAAGGAGAAACCGCGCUGCUGGAGGCCUUCUGUCCCACCAUGUCUCCAGUGUCUCCUGUCCUCACUCAGACCUGGGACACGUACAGAUCUCCCUCUCUCCUCUCAGGUGUGAAUGUCCCUCGUCCUGACCUCUCUUUUCGGAUGUGUGCCGUGGUGACCCGAUCUCCUGAAGGACUGCCCCUGCUCAACCAGUUGGUGUGCAGUGUGGGUCGUUCAGACAGACCUCUUCGGCACGGCUCCUCUCCUCUUCAGUCUCUAGAGACCACUCUGCAGGACUGGGGCCUCUCUGACCCGGCCCAGUGCUCCAGCAUACACAGCCAGGUGAAGAACACUGCUGAAACCUGCCUCCGUGUCGCCAUGGAGAUGGAGGCGGGGCUGUCGCCGGAGCAACGGGGGGGCCGGGCGGCGCAAACGGACAUGAUAGGAGUAGACAUGCUCCUCUCAUGCUCCGGUCAGGUGGUCACCCCGUUCUGUCUGGGUCUCAAGCCGUCUCGCUGCCUGGAGAGCUGCGGGCUCUUCCUGUCCGGGGGCGGGGCUCUGCUGCACACGCCCCUCAGCCGCUCCCAGCGCUACAUCAUGGAGGGGCAGAGCCUGGUAGUCAUCGGCGCGGGCGGAGUCAGCAAGACCUUCGUGUGGGAGUCGGCGAGAGACUUCGGGCUGAAGAUUCACCUCGUGGAGUCCAACCCCAAUCACUUCGCAACUGGCCUGGUCACCACCUUCAUCCAGCUGGAUAUAACCGACCACAAGCGGGACCUGGAGAACUGCUCCCGGAUCUGCGAGGCCUUGUCCGAGCAUGGGAUCCGCCCCGACGGCUGCCUCUCUUUCUGGGACGACUGUGUAUUGCUGGCAGCACUGGUCUGUGAGCGACUGGGACUGAGGACCAGCCCCCCCCAGGCCGUGCGGACCGCCAAACAGAAGAGCCAAACGCACCUCCACCUGCUGGAGGGGGCCCCUGAGGAACCCAGCCUGGCCAGCUCUCCUCCUCGCCCUCCCCUUCGCCUCUCAUCCCCAGAACCCACUCCUGGCUACUGUUACUCCUCUCCUCGCCUCUCCUCCCUGAUCCGAUCCGUGGAGCCCUCAAAAGGAUCCAUCACUGUCAUCGAUUCUCCUUCUGCUUCUCCUUCCAACAACGGCAUUUCCAACAUCUCCAACAACCGAGCAAACCUCACCAAGCUGUCCCGCAAUCCCGUCCGGGAUCCCUCGUCGGAAAAAUCUGCACCCGGCGAUAGAAUUUCCGAUCUCUUCCCGGAUUCCUCUCUACUUUUACCUCUUCCUUCCCGCUCCAUUUGGGCCCCCUCCCCUCACAUCUACGCCGUGCCCUGCUACCACCUGGAGUCCCGUGCUGACGUGGAGAAGGCAGCCCGGCUCGUUUCUUUCCCAGCCGUCAUGAAGCUGGAGUACGGGUCUGGGGCGGUGGGAGUGAAGCGCGUCGACUCUGCGGAAGAAUGCCAAGCCCACUUUGAGAAGAUCUCCAGCAACCUCCGGGAAGAGACCGACUAUCCGGGCAUCGGGCUAGGCUGGGGCAACGACAUGACCCUGAUGGAGUACCUCUCGGGCACGGAGCAUGACGUCGACCUGGUCCUCUUCGACGGGCAGAAAGUGGCCGCCUUCAUCUCCGACAACGGCCCCACUAGAGUCCCCGGCUUCACCGAGACGGCCGCCGCCAUGCCCAGCUACCUCCGCCCUGACAAGCAGGCUCAGCUGGUCGAAGCCGCCCUCCGCUGUUGCCUGGGCUGCGGUCUGACAGACGGCGUCUUCAACGUGGAGAUGAAGAUGACCCCCACGGGACCCAGGCUCAUCGAGAUCAACGCCAGGAUGGGCGGCUUUUACCUCCGCGACUGGAUCCAGGUGGUCUACGGGGCCGACAUCCUCUUUGCUGCUUUCGCGGUGGCUUGCGGGCUUCGCCCCAGGAUCCCCGAAGCCUCCCCGCCACUGUGCCACCUCAUCGGGGUCAUGUGUGUCGUCUCCCAGCAUCUCCAAGCCCUGAAGACCACCGCCAGCUCAGAGGCGCUGCGUCUCCUGCACUCCCGAGGGGUGAUCCGUCUCAACCAGCUCAGCGACAGGUUGAUCUUGAGCGAUUACGAGAAUCCCUACUGCAGCGUGGCCUGUCAGAGCCAGGAUAGAGACGCCGCGAGGCUCCAGCUGCUCAGCAUCUGCCAGAUCCUGGGGAUUGAUUCUCCCGAUUAUCCCGUGUCUUAUUUCUUGUCGGAUUUUAAAUAGUUGGAAGCCGGGGGAAGGGUUUGGGGUUUUGUCUUUUGGGUAGUCAUGGCUUGACAUUUUUUUUAAAUCGGAGCAGAAAACGGGGUUGAGCCAUUCCAUGAAUUAGGGUUUAUCCUUGUGUGAUCCUUAUAUAUAUAUAUAUAUAUAUAUAUAUAUAUAUAUAUAU